ACAGAGACACUCUCACCAUCAGUGGAGAUGCUGUAGUUAAUGGGGAUCAGUACCAGUGUAGAGGAGAGAGACAUGACAGACCAAUAACAUCACAGUAUGGUAACAUUGUUACCCUCACUGUACAUGUUAAACCUACACCUGAACUCACAUCAAGCCUUACAGGAGCUGCACUGGUGGGAAACCCAGUGACUCUGCACUGUAAGAUGGACCAGCCUGCUGGAUGGAGCUUUUACUGGUCCAGACACACACAGAACCCUGAGAAUGAGACCAACACUGCAGCAAACUCCUACAACAUCAGCUCAGUGGCGCCCUCUGAUGGAGGCCAGUACUGGUGCAGAGCUGGCAGAGGAAACCCAGUCUACUACACAAACUACAGUGAUGCACUGUGGGUAAACGUUACUGCUGGUGAUUCCUCUUCUCUUGGCCUGGGUGGUUUGGCUGUGGGACUGAGUUUGGUCGUGUUCUUCAUCUUACUGACCCUGCUGUGGUGCUACAAAACCAAAAAAGAAUCUCCGUGUCGCUGUAUUGGGAGUCAGUCAGACAUUAAUCAGACAUCAGAUCAGACCCAGAGAGAGUCAGGAGAAGCUGCCCACAUAUAUGACACAGCUGAGCCAGCAGACAGGAGCAGCACAGAUGAACCUGCAGACGACCUCAGUGAUGUCACUUAUGCUCAGGUCAUGAAAUAUAACAAGAAAAGCAGGAAUAAAGACACUGGUGCUGGACCCAGUGAAGUCAUUUAUGCUGAGAUCAAACUGAAACCAAAACAAGAAGAGCAGUGUGUACUCAGAGCUGAGGCAGGACACACAGAAAGGUUGUUGAGGAACAGCACAGACUGCUGGGAAACAGAGUUCAUCCUCCUGUGUUACUCACUCAAGCUGCUACAAGACCAGGAGUUUAAACCCUCUUAUCCAAGUGUUCAUUCAUUUAUUUGGUUUAAACACAUUUUAAAUGAUCAUGUCAGAUACUCAUGUCUACAACAGGAAGGUGUUUUAUAACAGAUGGAGAUGUAACAGGUUGGAGGUAAAAUCUCUUACAGUGAAAUAAUAGUUUCACCAUAAUGAACAUACUAGUCUUAGUGUAGAAAUGCUUGAUAACAUUUUAAUUGUUCUAUUUCUUUGUUUUAUCAUGUGAAUCUAAAUAUGAAGUGUACUGGUUGUAGCAUAAACAUACCAGGAGAAUCAGAUUCAGUGGUGUUGGAGUUCCUUCUCUGUAGAGGAGAUGAGUGUAUGAGUUCUGUGGGGCUUCAUAGCCAACAGACUUUCUGUCUUUUCAGCAGUUCUGAAGCUUGUGAUUGAGUGACUGUUUAUCUUUGUGUGUUUGUUACUAGAGUCACUCAGAGAGACACAUUAUACUCCACUUUUUAACCUUUGAGCCAAGAUUUUUUAUUUUUUUUGCAGUGUUAUGUAACUGCACUUUGUAAAUAAAAGACUUGGAGAUUCCUGGUGAUCUU